ACAAUAGCCUGUACUAAGAGGAAGAAAAACCAAGAUAAAAUCUUCAUCAAGUUCUUAGUUCAAAAGGGAUGGUUAGCUUAGAAGAAGAAAGGCUGGUUCAAAUGGUACAUGACUUCAUAGAAUCAGAAUCAUCAACACCACCCAUAUUUCCUGCUUCCUCAAACUGCCUUUCUAUCAACCAAGCCAGGUGUUUUACUUUACAGGAGAUACUUGGGAGAGUAACGGAAGCUGAGACUAGAGUUCUUGAGACUCUAUUGAAGAAUAUGAGAAGCAGAAAUGAUGCAGAGAAAACAACCAGUUCGAAGAUGUGGCUCCUGAAGAGGCUGAAAAUGGAUGGUUUUAAUGCUUCUAUUUGUCGAACUUCUUGGGCCACUUCCUUAGGAUGCCCAGCUGGUGCUUACGAGUACAUUGACAUCACAUUGAAAGGGGAAAAUGGUGACACAGUGAGGCUCAUAGUGGACAUAGACUUCAGGUCCCAGUUUGAACUGGCAAGACCAACCCCAUUCUAUAAAGAACUAACAGACACACUCCCAUCUUUUUUUGUUGGCAGCGAAGAUAAGCUCAGCCAAAUCAUCUCCCUGCUCUGCUCAGCUGCCAAACAGUCUCUUAGAGAGAGAGGGCUCCAUGUGCCCCCUUGGAGGACUAGCUCAUACAUGCAGUCCAAAUGGCUAUCUAGGUGUUGCAAAGUCACUAAUGACAGUAACAUUGGUCACAGCAGCAGAGAAAAUGGUGAAGCUAAAAAUGGCUCACGUCAUGGGUAUAGCAGUCUGUGGACACCUCCAAUGGUUAAGCCCAAGAUAAGGGGUUUGGGUGGUGGGUCCAGCUUAUCUAGUCAGCUCUCCAGCGUGGGCAUAAAUUGUUGCUGACCAUGUUUUGCUGCAACCCAGUUUUUAAAUUUGA